CCCCCUCUCUUCAGUGGACCCUCUCAGAAAUGCCCAGUCAAAAACAAAAAAGAAAAAAGUUAUUCGCCCAUUUUGUUGUUCCCCGUCGCCGACUUUCCGUUCCAGGUUCGCCGGUCCGCCCGCAACGACACAACGGGCAUCAGUCAGCACAAUUUACCCGCACUGCACUCACUCUCAUGCUCAUCCUUCCACCUCAUCCUCACACCUCAUCCUCACACCUCAUGACUACUGCGUACUCCCUCAUCUUAGUCAAUGACUUACUCAGUCGCCAAUGUACCUGUCACGAUGCUGUAGUCAGAAACGUCUCAAGACUCGCCAUCGAGACCCAAGACAACCAAAAACACCAGAGGACAGAGUUGCAAUUUGGCAGAAGACCUCCCAAGAACACUGCCCCAAUGCCAAAUGUCCUUUUCUCCCCCUGCCAAGCUAUCAUUCUGAACCUGGCCAGCCUAGCAAGCUCCGCCAUGCCACGCUCAAGAGCUAAAAUGCUGGCAAAAAAUGCCCUUCAAGUCUAUGUCACUCUCAUCUCAGUCUCUCCCUUCCAAAUCCAGGCUUCGAUAUGCAUCUUGGCCCAAGUAAGCCAAGCUUUCCAUUUCUUUUACCGCUUGCCAAUGCUUGAGCCGAUGUCAAGUAUGGGCUUGGCCAGGAGCCGCUUUUCUGGCUGCAGCCUGCGACUAUGUAUCCGCCUUAUGGAUACGUGAGUGUGAGGCCUCUGGGACUCUGAAUAAUAUGUAUCCUGUAGAGGCUUACAUGUAUUUGUACAUCAAAAUUGGGCUUACACAAGGGGCAUGCAUAUCUGACGAUGUAUGACAUGACGCAUCGAUGUGAA